GGGAUCUCUUUUUCCCAGAAUGUGGAUCCGGAGGAGGUGAAGGAUGCAGAUGGGAACGGUGUGUGGCGGUGGCCGCUGCGGGGCUCGGUGAUGUUCGUGCGGCUUUAGUGAGAAUUGUCCAUUGUUGGACGUCGCUCCGAUCUUCACAUAGACUUGCAGAUUUGCUCUUGCUCUUCGGGCCAAAAAGUAGAAGGAGCAGAAAGCGACAUGGCUGGCCAUGUGUCUCCUACGGUGAUAUUUAGAGACGUCGCGGUUUAUUUUUCGGAAAAGGAGUGGGAGCAGUUGGAAGGAUGGCAGAAGGAUCUCUACACUGGCGUCAUCAAAGAAAUUCAUGGCAUCUUAAUUUCACUGGGCUUUGUGAUUCUAAAUCCUAAUAACUUCCUUCGGAUACAGCCGGAAGAGGAGCCUUGUCAGAAAAGUUACCACGUCGGUGGUAGGAAUGGAAACGUGAAUGUCGCAGGUUCAGACCCAGACUGUUCUUUGGUGAACCCCGACAUUCUGUUAACGGUCCAGCUCGGUGAGAAGCAGCGCGCCACAGAGACGUACGACCAGAACGGCAGAGAGAACGUGUCAUUCCCCAGCACAAGCAAGUUUAUAGACCGAUUCGGGGAGUACACGGCCGUUAAACAGGAGUCUCCGAAUGAAGAUUUUUCUGUUAUUUCCGAUGUUGAAAUUUUGGAAGACACAGGAAAAUGUUUUACUCCUAAUAGCCCAGUGGUUCGGAGGGUCAGUGUUCAGGAGCCCCCAGCCAAUAGCCACAACUUCCAUACAGAUGGAAAACAUGGUAUCAAAUAUGCAGCUGGACACAGAGCAUCUACCUCUGGUAUAAAUAAAACCAAUAUGGUUACCGUUUCACAGAGGCUUGUCGCCAAGACACCUUACAAUGCCUGCGAGAAAAACACGGCUAAAAAAGAAUUCCCUAGUGUUGAGCCGGUUAUACUGAGAGUUAAAACCAAGGAGCUCCCAGUGAAUAGUGAAAAUGUGUGCGUGGAUGGAAGAAAUGUUGUAAAUUACACACUGGAUGAUGAUGAUGAUGUAAUUAUCGAGAGACCACGGGGCCCUGAGAAAUUCAACCUAAGAAAUAUUCCCUCAAACAAAGUCCAGUACAACAUAAAAAAUAGUGGAUACUGCCAAAGAUUGGUGAGAUGGUCAGUUGGUCAGAAAGAGGCUGUCACCCUCAAACGUUUUGUUCCGGCCUUGCCAAAGGAACCCGAAAGGACUUUUAACUGCACUGAAUGUGGGAAGAGGUUUUUAAAGCUAUCCGAUCUUAGACUUCACCAAGGAAUCCACAAAAUGAAAAUGAAACAGUUUAACGGGUCCGUGGCCCAGCUGAGACCCCAGCCAAAGGUGGAGACCAGUCCAAAGGCCCCCGCCGAGGACCACUUUCUUCAAAGAGCAUCGAUCAAAAAUACAACCGAAGCAAAGCCUUUGUCGUGCGUGUUUGGAAACGACUUAAGCCCCAACUCCAGCAUCAUGCAAAGUCCAAAAUCUUUCUCCAAGGAGAGACGGUUCGUAUGUAGGUUCUGCAGCAAAAGGUUUCAGAAUAACAGUAACCUUAUCGGACACGAGAGAAUCCACACAGGGGAGAAACCGUUUGAAUGUCCCGAAUGCGGAAAAACUUUCAGCCAGAAGGCCAACCUCACCACCCAUCAGAGACUUCAUACCGGGGAAAGGCCCUUUGUGUGCAUCACUUGCGGUAAAGGCUUUGCCCAAAAAAUAAACCUUUUAACACACGAGCAGACGCAUGCAAAGAAGAAAAGGAAGAUUGAUGUAAAGCCCGUUAUGUUGAACUAAUUCCGUAUUUCACUUCAGGUUGCGGCUGAAUAUGCAUCAGCUGCGAUUACCAUAAAGUGCCUCAGAAUCACUCGUUCCUCUCUACACAAGGGGCUAAGCUAUGCGGACCAGAUAUAACAGAAGGAACAAACUCUUAAAGUGGCCGCUUUUUUUUUUUGAGGGAAAGCCUAGGAUAUUGAACAGUUACAGAAAAUGGCAAAAGAAAAUUACCCAGGUUAAAGAAUUUAAGUCCCUGACUCAUUCAGGUUGGAAAGUUUCAGAGAGGCAUCUUUAUCAGUGGUGAAAUUUAAAAGGACGGCCAAGGUGGUAGCCCCUCAGUCCAGAGCUUUUAUAUUGAAAUGCAUUGGGAAAGUAAUGGUUGUCUAAGGUGUCUAUGACGUAAACUGAAUAGCGCCCUAUUCUCUACACUCCUGGAACUUAAACUGAUAUGAAGGUGAUUUUGGGAUGAUCAAUUGUCCCAAAAAGCUCUUCAAACCUUUAUGCUGCUAACAGCAUCGUCGUAUUUUAGGAAAUUUAAUUUGCUCCCCCAGAAAAGCUUUUAAAAGUACGGUAUAUGUGGAAUAAUUUUAUUUCAAAAGCUGACUUUUGUGUCCAAGUCUCCUUUGCAGGUCCUAUCUAUCACUGACAGAGGUAGACACAUUUACAUUCCCUUGUCUCCCAGUUAUUUUAAAGCAGAGGUCACCAAACUAUAGCCCGUGGGCUGCAUGUGGCCCAUUGCUUAUCUUAAUCUGGUUCUUGGAACACUAUUCCUUCCACUGAUACAAGGCACUAUUCCCUCCACUGACACCAACAUUGGGGCACAAUUCCUCCCUCUGAUGAUGGAGUAUAACCUCUUCCUCUGACUCCAAUGAUGGGGCAAUAACCUCUGACUCCAAUGAUGGGGAAAAUCUACACCCAAUGGCCACAGUUCGGCCCCCCUAAAGUCUGAAAGGCAGUAAAGUGGCCCUUUGUUUAAAAAGUUUGGAGACCCCUGUUUUAAAGAAUUAAGGCACCUUACAGUUUUCCAGGCCUUCAAUCAGAGCUAAAGUUGUGCAUUACCUUCACGGUCUAGCUAGAUUACCAAUUUUAUAUAAUUCAUGGUUAUUUCUGCAAGUUGGCUAUUUCGGCUAGAAAUUACAAAAAUCAGACCUUCUCAUCAUAAAAUAUACAGCAAGAAAAUAAAUAGUAAGGUAUAACUGAAUCAAA